AGCCAGAACCUCUCCAAGGACUUGCGGACCAAGCGGAGUGGCAUGCGCUCUACCACAAAUGGUGGUAGUGGAAAUGUACAACGUUUACAGCAAUGUUAACGCCGGUACAGCACAGGGUGGUGUCGCAGGGCAUGGGAUCAGAUUUUUUUAGCCAUCUAUGCAUCGUUCGAUGCGUGUUCCCGGGGAGAGAUGCGAUUGCGCUUUUCGAGGUCUCGUGCAUUCACACAUACAGCAGCAGUCAUGCUUAUGGCAUUGCGUUAGCACACACAGGACCAUUUCUUCAAAUAUCGUUAUUUGCGCACCACGCACUUGCGCAUGUUGGCGUGCAUUGUGCGUAUCUAUUCCAUAUGUGUGUGUAUGUGUGCGUGUGUAUGUGUGUGUGGUCGGACACCUUAAGCCUUUCGUACGGAACAGAUUGCGGAUGAGGAUGUACAUAUCUUAACACUAUUCAUAUUGUAUAUAAUGUAGAAAAAUAUUACACAAAAAUGUACGCGCAUGACGAGUGUUGUAACGAUGCAUUCUCG